GCCACAGCAUCCCCGUCGCGCGCUGCCUGCACACGACAACUGUAGUUUGACCAGUUCGGCUCAUCGGAUUUAGCGACAGCAGAAGUCAGAAAAUUCCUCGUUUUAGCAUUAGUUAUACCCCCAGAAUCAAAUUCAUUCGUUUUUUUUUAAUAGGUCCAAUGAAAUGCGAAGACGAAGGUUCAGAAACCGGAAGAAAACAAGCUAGUCAACGGUUUCAGUUGGAGCAAUUCUAAGUAGGUUACGGCCCCUGUGGUCCGAGAGCAGCGUCAUGGUGGACAUUGCUGUGAAGAGCGGAGCUGCUUGGGUUUGCCACGCGCCGGGACAUCAGUUGAAUGAUGUCCUGCUUCCUGUUCACAUCGGUAACAAAGAAGAUCAUGAGGAGGAGCUCAGUCAGCCGGAAGGAGACGAGACAAAUUGGGGCGGCCCGGUGCUGUUGGAGCAGACGGAGGAAGGGUCUCCGUGCGUCCUGACGCUCCGCUGCGGCCCCUGCUCCUCCGCCGCCAUCAGCCGCCUGCUGGUCAUCAGCGAGGCUCGAACCAUGGAGGUGUACAGCCAGACGGGAGAAUACUACGGCACAAUACGCGGGGAGAGGGGCGACAGCAUCCAGCCAGACAGUUCAGACAGAGGCCCUUUUUACAAGAAGCAGCUGAUCCUCGAGCAUCCGUGCCCAGCCUGUGAAGUCAAGCUGCUCUCCCUGGGCGGUAGAAGCAGCGUUCUGGUGGCUCGCGUCAUCGCGGGCCUGCAGCAGCUACAGCCCUGCGCGGCCCGCGGCCCCGGCAUCGACAUGCAGCAGGUGCAGUGUCUGGUUGAGGAGAUGGGAACGAGCCUUUCUCCGGGAGCCCAGAACCUCAUGGACAUGGUGCAUUUCCAGCAGAAGAACCAGACCAGCUCUCUGGGCGGCUUCCUGCCUCUCCUGAUGGGCGGUGGCGUUUUCUCCGCCCUGGCUCAAGGAGCCAACAUCUCCCCAGCAGCCGUCAGCAACCAGCCCCAGCCUGCAGACUCCAGGCCUCCAGUCGGCUCCAUCAGACCUGCAGAUGAAGCUCCGCCGGCUCAGAACGGAGCGAUGUCAGACGGCUCUACCGCCUGCUCCCCAGACCUGCCGCUUUCUGGUGUCAACACUACGAAAAUAACGGGCAGUGAGAGCGGAGGCCCCGUGAGCCACGCCCAGAUGGCGGAGAUGAUGGCCCACUUCCUGAAAGGCCAAGGGCGUGGCCAGGCGCCGAGCCCCGGCCCUGAGCUUCUGCCCAUGCUCCAGAGCCUCUGCGGACAGGUGACCAAGCUGAGACUGGACGACGCCGCAGAGAAGGAGAAGAUGAUGAGAAAUGGCACAUGGGAGCUGGACCCGGCCAUGGAGCUCCGUCUGGAGGAGAUGGAGAGGAGGCUGAAGGAGCACGUGGACCGCCGCCUGGACUCUCUGGAGCAGAAGCUGGAGAAGGCCCUGCUGAGCGCCCUGCCGCAUGUCGUCCUCAGCCAGGGAGCCACGGGCAGCGGGGAGGGGGGGGGCAGCACCCACGGGAGCGUCGGUGCAGACCGCCCCGACACCAGCCACGCACUGAGUUCAGAACCGCUUAAAGACUAACGCAACAUGUAACCUGGAAGCCUUUCUGACCUUCGUCCUUCACCAGCUAGACCUUAGUGGCCCAGGGGAGGCAAAGCAUGACAGCAGAUACUAAAGUGAAUUAAGGCUGAAAUGGGAAAUAUGGAUAGAAUAACACAAUAAUCUCCUAAAAUGUAAAAUUGUGUUCAACUACAAGUAUCCAGCUUUAAAGGACGCAGCCUCUGUAAAGGUUGGUUUGUUUUUUUUUGUUUUUUUUUAUCUCUGGGAAAAAUAGCAAAUGAAUGCGACACUGCUCGACAGCCAAAGGGAAUUUCCUGGAUGUAGGGUGUUUGUUUGGCCGGAAGAAACCAAGAAAUGUGUAUCUGCAGAGAACCCAUAUCCAUUUCACACACAACAAACGUGUCCUGUGGCUGCAGUGUAUUAAACCAAGCAAGUUUUUUUCUUUUCUUUAAACGAUCAAACAGAAGAUUAAGUAAAACAUGACCGCAUGUUAUCUUAUCUGGGUUUUAAUAUAUUAAAGCGCCCAUAUUAUGCUCAUUUUCAGGUUCAUAAUUGUAUCAAGAGGUUGUACCAGAAUAGG